CCACUUCCCACAACCCCUCCUCCGCCCUCGCGUCACUCCGUGGUCGCGGACCCGAGCAACAGCGGGAGCGGCGGCAGCAGCAGCGGGGGCGGCGGCGGCGGCGGCGGCGGCGGCGGCGGCGGGGGCAGCCUCGCCAAGUGCCUUAGGAAACACCGGGAGAAGCAGCAGGCGCGAGCCCUCACGCGGAAGUCGAAGUCCGACAACGCUCUGCAGAAGAUCGGCGUCAAUGUGAAGUCGCAUUCCGACCAGAACCUCCAUAAAGUGUGGCUGAACAGCAUCAGCAUCAGCAAUAGUUGCAGUGUCAGCUGCAGCAGUAGCAGCAGCAACAGCAGCAAAAGUAACUCAGUGUUCAGUACGGUGCAAUUGUCGGGCGGGAGCGGCGACAGCUGCUGCAGUAGUGGCAGUGGCCUCCUGAACUCUUGUUGCAAAGGGCGGUGUCAUCACCACCACCACCACCAUCACCACCACCUUCACCACCACCAUCAGCAGCAGCAGCAGCAGCAGCAACAGCUGCUGCAACAGCACCACCGCUCGAAGUCCUUGGAGAGGCACCAAGGGACCCGCAUCCAGCCGGCCCCUUCCCUCACCAACCACAGACACACCAGAUCGCUCGAGAGGAACCACAAGUUCCGACUCGAUCUCCGGUCGCUCUACCCUUCCUCGUCUUCCUCCUUCUCCAAAGACGAGCCACCCGAUCAUCCGGCGCCCCCACCCCCGAGUGUGACGCCCACGCACGUGCCGUGGGCACCGGAUGCCGUGGAGGGCGUAAGUAUAGAGGGUGGGUGGCAACAGCAGGUGUGGGUGGGCGGGAUGGAAGGAGGACAUGCGGGCGGAGGCGGCGGUUCCUUCAUCAACAAACCCGCCAGAGGAUGGCUGCACCCAGACCAUCAGCUGGCUGACGAAGGAAUCUGCUAUGGCGUCAGGUAUAUUGGGUGCUUAGAAGUCAAUACGUCGAUGAAAAGCUUGAAUUUCGACACCAGGUCUUUAAUAGCAAAAGAAUGUAUCAGUCGAGUAUGUGAGUCAGCGGGCUUGAAAACAGCAGAUCGCAAGAGGAAGGUGGUCAAGACAAUUGGCCGCAUUUUGGGCGAACGACCCAUGAUGGAACAUGCGGGAAGCAAUGUCAACCUCACUAUUACCAGCACAGCUCUUACGCUUACAAUACUUGAAUCUGGACAAGUAGUGGCCUGUCAUGAUAUGCCAAAUAUAUCUUUUGCCUCAGGUGGAGACCCAGACACCUUAGACUUUAUUGCGUAUGUUGCCAAAGACAGUCGGUACGGACGAGCGUGUUUUGUGCUGGAGUGUGGGGGAGGUCUGGCUCAAGAUGUGAUAACAACCAUAGGCCAGGCCUUUGAACUCAGGUUUAAGGAGUACCUAAAGAGAACUCCAUCCGUCCAAUACACCAGUGUAAAAUCAGAGAAGUCUGGAAUGAAUGGAGAAGGAGCAGGUUGGAAUAGAGAUGACCCAGAAUACUACAAUGACCUUCCUGGUAAGGUGCCACCCGAUUUGCCUCCACCUCCCGUACCCCCAUUGCCCCAGUAUUCAGCAGCAGACAGUAAGAGACCACCUCCUCCAGCAACUACUCGUGUUCCCACCCCAGCUACACCAACAAGCAGUGGAUCUACCAGCUCAGUGUCCCCUGUACCUACAGCAGCAGCAGCAAUAGCAGUAGCUUCAAACACCACUACAAUUCAUCUCAAUUCUCACCAGCCAUUAACUGGGAAAGUGUCUGAUAAUUUGAUAGACUUCACUUCUGAAGGAGCACAGCCCCCUCCUCCAUCUCGUUGUGAACCAGAGUAUGUCAACGAUGCUGUCAUCAAGCAGAAACAACUCCUUGACCAAAGAGAUCCAUUUGACAUGCAACCAUUCAGCAUGCAACUGUCGCAGUUGAGUGGAGGAAGUAGUAGUAGUGGGAAUGCUGGAUCUGUUGUGUGCCCAAGUGGGGUAAAUACUGCUACCAUGGGUGUAUCAUCAUCUACGGGACCGUUAGGAACUGGCAACAAACCUCUUCCUCUCAGUCAGCGUUUACAGUUGCAAAAAGAACCGUGGUUUCAUGGUGCUAUCAGCAGGAAAGAGGCUGAAGGACUGCUCAUUCAGGAUGGCGAUUUUCUUGUGCGAGAAUCCCAGGGAACUGUUGGGCAGUACGUUCUCACAGGGAUGCAGAACAAUACCAAAAAGCAUCUUUUACUGGUUGACCCUGAGGGAGUGGUUCGGACAAAAUCUCGUACUUUUGACAGUGUGAGUCACUUAAUAAACUAUCAUCGUGAUAAUGAAUUGCCAAUUGUGUCAGCAGAAUCAGCCCUUGUCCUACGGAAUCCUGUUUUACGGAGAAUGCGUUAAUGGUACUAUGGGUUUGUAGUUGAAAUAUGGUGGUAAACCUCAUUGAUCAUUUGCACAAAUAUUCAUUGUAAUCAAUUCAUGGCUGAUACAAAGUUUUUUUAGACAGUCAUAAGGUGUUGUUGGUCAAAUGGCUAUUUUAUAGUCUGAAUUAUAUCACAAUUAGGAUUAUACUACUCUGUAACUUACUUUUAUUUUUUUAUGAAAAUAUUUUUGCUUCUGGUAAUCUAAGCUACAAAACUUAAGGACAAAAUAGUGAUUAGUGAUUUCAUUAUUAAUUUUGGAAAGAAAUUGUGCACUUAUAAAUGAGAAGCACAGGAAUUAAAAAUUUAAAUUUUCAUUUCUGGUCAUGUAAGCUUGGGGAACACUUGGUAUUACAGGGUUAUGUAAAGUAGCAGUAUAUUUUUUCUUCAUUAUAAAUAUGUGAUAAAAUAAUAGGGUCAUGUUGCUCUGUUCCAAGGGAUAUCUUUUAAGUUCAACUUAUACCAGUUUUAUCGGUUCAUCUCGGUGUCAUGAAAGGUUUAGAGGUUUCUGGCAAUUUUUGGCUGUAGCCUUAAGUAUUGUACCAUUUGAAGACGAAGAAAAGUUUGGCAAACUUACAGUUGUUAAUGUGUAAUGCUGGUUGAAGUCCAGAAUAUGUCGUAACUAUUUUAAUCUUAUUUAGGGUUUGAUUUUUCCAAUUAUCUCCUAAGUUGUAAAUACAGUACAUUAUAUAUUUUGUAAAUUAUGUUUACGAUACUUGAAAUUAAUAUAAAGAAACCAUUUUUUUACUUUCUUAUGCACUAAGAAAUUCUAGUUUUUUAUCAGUAAAACUAUACUCUGGUUAUUUGUUUUUCUUAAAAUUUGAUUAGAAUAGUAGAAUAUUUACCUAUCAGUGCUUUUAUUAAAUUAUUCAAGGAUGUAAUUACUGUAUAAAAAGAAUCUUGAAAUAUAUAUUGAAGUACUUCUUAAGUUAUAAUAUAGAACUGCAGCAUACAGGUACAUUCUCUCAUUGCCAUGAUAUAUAAACCAGCCUUUGUAGAAGUUCAGGUUUUACAGCUCAACUCUGAGGAAGAAAAUUCGUUUUUAUUUGAAUACUCAGUCAAAUGCAAUGACAUUUUAAUUUCAUGCCAAAUUCACUUUCCCAUGACUAAUUACUUUUACUGUUUUUUUACUUUUAUAAUAAAGGUUUUGGAAAGUCUGGAGUGUUUUCAGUUAUAUAGGUUGCAUUUACUAUAAUUUUGCUCAUUUUCAUUUAUUUGAAUCAUGGUAGUGUUGGGAGUUUAUAAUAGGUUUUAGCUGCUCAAAAGAAAAAUGUUGGGCAAUUCAGUCAUUUGGUUUUGUAAUUCAGUUGGAAAGGGCUAUGUAUACUUUUCUUUUAUAAGUAUACUUUGUAAUUCAUAUAAUGUAAGGUAAUUUGAGCCAGUUGCCAGGCAGGGCUUAUCACUUACAGUAUCCAGGUGUUAGUCAGUAUAUGACAUGAUGAAUAAUAUAAAAUUCUCUCACUUUUAUCAUAGCAUUUGAGCUAACUCAUUUAUGGUGUAUGUUAUUGGUGUGUUAUUUAGUCUUGCAGUAUGAUAAAGUAUUAUGUUUCAUAAUAGGUCAUUUGCUGCUUUUGCAAUAGGUAUGGCACAAAAGAGUUGCAAAUGAUAAUUGUGAAAAAGUUAUUUGAACAUUAUGUUCUCUUUUCAAGUCUGUUACUUACUCAUAUUACUUUGUUAUUUGGUACAUGUAUAGUUGUAAUAACAUUCAGAAUUUAAGUACAAUGGUGUUUCAUAUUUUAGUGCUGUCAUUCAUUGUUUCCAUGUCAUUAUUAACACCCUGUAAUAGUAGAACAUCUAUUUAGGAUUUUACGAUCUUGUAUUUUAUGCGAGUUUUAAGUCUCUUCUGAUCUUUUGAUUUAUAACUUAUAGAUUGUAGUGUGUAUGAUUCUUGGUAUAAGUAAUCACUUUACAGUUCUUUGGAACCUUAGCUAAGUUUCAGUACCUAAUACAUGGUACAUUAUUUUCACCUUCCAUGUAUUUCUUUUAAUUGGUAGUCUAUGUCCCAAAGAAUCUGUGUGAGAGACUGUACCUGUAUUAUGUUUAUUACAAUCAAUAGCCAGUGUUAUACUGUCAAAACUGUUUUGUGCCUGAAUAGACCAUGAAUUAUGCACAUAAAAAUGCGCACAAAUGCUAAUAUAGAAAUGUCUCAGUUCCCUGAGAUUUCGGCAUACAGGAUUCUCAGUUAUUUUUGGGGGGAUGACAUCCAUCAUAUUUUUGCAUCUUGAGAAAAUUUAGUAUCUUAGUUGCAUUACCAUUUCACUUGUAACUAGGAUUAUGUGCCAAGUGGACGAGUUAGUGAUUAUUAGUUGAGGCCAGUGAUAAAUUUGCAUUAAAAAAUUUUAAAUUAGGAGAAUAAGUAAUUAGUAUACUAGUACUACUUGGGAGGGUGAUUUUACAUUCUUAGUUAAAAAAAAAAUUGUUUAACUACAAAUUUCCAAAAUUCAAAAUGACCCAUGCUUGGAUUAUAAAGAAACUUUCACAUGUUUAGUAAAAGAAUGCAGUUUUCCUUUCACCCUAAGGUAUGUAGUCUUUGUUAUGAAUAGCUUAUUUUCAACAAUAAAACAUAUGAAUGACACCACUAUUUUUAGUUAAAACUUGAGAUAUGCUGUAUAAAUUUCAGUGAUAUGUUGUAUAAAUUUCAGUGUACUUAAUUUAGUCUACACCAACAUUUAGUCUUGGCAUGCUGUUAGUUCAUUUGACAUAUUUUGUGAAUGUGGAUAAUUGAGCCUUAUGAGUAUGUAAUUUUUUUUCACUCAGUUUUAUAAUAUACUUGGGGUAAAAGGAAUUAACCAUUCAAUGUCUUCCCUUGGAAUUAAUUUAGAGCUUAUGUUAUACACCACCUAUCCACAGCAAUCAAACUUAGGUCAUGAAGGUUGUAUCAAAGUAAAUCCAAGAAACUGAGAUAGUCUGUAUGUAGCUGAUAAAUUUCAAUAGUAUUUUCUCAACCACAAAUAAUAUACUUGUACAUCUAAAGUGUCUGUGUAAAACUAAAUUUCUUGUUAUUUAAUUUAAUUCUGAUGAAUUGAAGUAUUCAGAAGUGUAAUUGCUGUUUUAAUUUUCUUUGAGCCAUUAUUAUUACAAAUAAUGCUACUGUACUCUGUACCAUUUGCAAAUUCAGCAUAUUUUCUUAGUGCAUAUUUUAUAUGACAAAAAUUAGCUAUUGGGCGACUUAUUUUGUUCAUACUUUCAUAUUUUAAAAGUACCCAUUCUUUCAACUCAUAUUCAUUUUGAGUGUAAGUAGUUUUAUUGUAAAUGUUAUCCACAAGAAGGUAACUAUUCAUCACAGAAUAUUAAAUGUAAAUUUUAGUUGGGACAUGUGGUGAACUCUUUGGCUCCCUCUUCCUACUUCCCCAGGGCAGUAAGUCAUUUUCUUUAGGUAUUUACUCCUCAAAUUAUUUAUUAAUCGAACUGUCACAUCACAGAUUCACAAAAUGCAGUCAUGCAAAAUGGUUGCCCAUUAAAGAAGUGGUAUUUUGUCAGUCAUGGCUUAAGGUAAAAUUGAAGAUGAACAGUACGUCAUUAUGAUGACCAUAAAAAAAAUUUAGGAAAUACCCAGUACAAGGAGAGUAUUUGUUAACAUUUGUUUCUUUUAUCAAGUAUCCAUCUUACAUUGGUGUUUAAAAAUGGAAAAGUUAAGAGUUGAAACCUCCAGGUCUUUCCCUUUAGCCUUAAAUUCUUAUGCCCUCCUGUUGUUUGUGCCUGAAAUGGUUCGCAAACUGCAACACAAACAUGUCUGUUAGAGUUUGGCCAAAGAGUGAGAAAAGACCCACAUAUAUAUAUAUGUGUUCACAGGCUUUUUAUGAUGUACGCACAAUUUGUAUGUUCUCACAUAGGCCCAAGCAUUACCUACCUUUUAUAUGCUCAGAGAUCUAAAAUGCAGUUUAAUCACAUAGAUUUAAUAAUGUACAUAUUGGGAUAUGAAAUACAAUGAAAAUUGUCAAAUCAGUUAAAAGACUGAGUGAAAAGUUUUCCACAUACUUUUUUAUAUUUGCGAGUCGGUUAAAGUUUGGUUAAAAAAUGUGAUACCUUAGUAUAGAUAUAUAUAUAUACAAUACCCUCUACUGAAUUCUUGAAAUUUUAAAGGUAUUGAUAAUAAGGAACAUGGACACUGAAGUUACAGUUCUUUAAUGAUCACUGGAAAGAGUCUAAUACUUUUCAGGGUUUCUUCUUCUGUAUCAGUACAAACCCGGCUUUGACUCAGGCUCAAAUACUUAGAUAUUACUUGAACUCUUCAGGUUUUCUUUGGAGUUUAAUUGCAGUUUCAACCAUACACUGAUGAAUUCAAAUUAGGGAGGUUAUGGUAAAUCCAAUUAUCAAAUGUUACGUUUUUCAGUAUAGAAGUGUGCAUAUCAAUGUGCUCCAAAUUAUCUUGAUACCCCUUAUAAAUGUGUACAAUAUACAAUAAAAUUUUAUUUUUAAUAACUUUUAUCAUUUCGUAUGGUCAAUAGUUUGUUGGCAAAGGAUAAUGAGUAAUUCUUUACUAAGAGGUGAUUGGGUUUGAGGAAACUUUUCAGAACUACUGCUUAUAGGUAUAUUGAUGCUUUCAGGUGUUAAUUUAGAGCUCUUAUCUAGUUUUGUAAUAGCUCUUGUAAAAAACAUUACCAAUGCAGAUAGCUUUAAACUUGCCACAUUCCUUGCAAAACACCCCAUUAUUUCAAUUUUUUCUUUUUGUAAAUAUACAUAUAUAGCAACCCUAAGAAAGCAUACAUAGUUGUACUUCAUUAGCUUGAAAGUUUUUUUCCCAUGGGAGAAGCUGAAGGGUUAAAUUCAAAAUGUAACCCACUUGUCUCCCUUUCCUCACACUUCUCUUUCUCAGCGGCUUACAGGGUAUGUGAUCCUUUCCCAAAGUUAUUGAACAACAAAAGUGUAACAUGAAAAAGCAGUGUUCUUGAAAUUGAGAGGUGUCAGUUGCAUAUUUUUCUUUUCAUUAUACUGAAGGAUUUAGAAUACUGACAAGUUGGCAUAAACAGUAUGAUACAAUAGGUUUUGGUCUCCAAGGUGCAUUAUGGUAGCAGUGUGGGAAAAAACUUUUAUGUAAAGAUUUUCAUGCUGGAUUGCACUCAAAUGAAAGAGCAAUAUAAACUUUUAUUAAUGUUUUAACAUAGGUUGACCAUUACUUAAUGAUAUAUAUAUAUCUAUAUGAAUAUAUAUCAUUGUUUAUAGUGCAACACUUGCUCUUAAGUAUCCCCUCGUGUUCCUUGUCUAGCAAGAGUCCUCUUGUUUUUGUGUACUGACUGACAGUCCAUAAAAAGAGCAAUAGGUUUCUUAUAUGUAACCCAACUAGCUAACUGUAAACCAAAGAAGUAUAAUAAUGUAGGGUCUGGGAAUAUAUUAUGGGUAACUAAUCCACUUCACAUCUGAAUGAAUAUCAGUGUGUUGAACAGCUACUGAAGCUCUAUUUUUCAACAAAUAUUUUUGCUACAAAAUGACUGUGUCAUGAAUGACAAACUUGCCUUGUAGUUUUUAGAAGUGACAUAUGUCCUCAUUUAGUUCUGUGCAUAAUAUUGUAAUAUAUUGUAAUUCAGUCAAUAUAAAGAUUACAUUUAAUUGUAUAUACAUUCUUGGUAUUUUAAUGUUGUGUGUGCCAAAAUGACAGAUUAGUUACUUUAUCUAUUGGCUAUUGAUAAUCAAAAUGCCUCUUAAUAUUAGUUAUUUGUGACUCAGCUGACUUUGAAAAUACAGUAUAUAAAUUGAGACACGUGUGAAUGAUUAUAAAAUCACUGUAACUUUGUAUCAAUAACUAAAUAAAAUAUCAUAUUGUAAUAA